GAUCAGCGAUGGUGAGCUGUCCUUCGUGCAUGUCUACUCCGUAACUUACUGUACGCGCAUACGGACAUUCAUACGGUUCUAACAUGGCCCGUACAGUACGCACAUACGGACAUUCAUACGGACAUUCAUACGGUUAUAACAUGGCGGCUGCUCCACGGCUACAAGUACGGUGUUAGAUAGGGGACAAAUUCGAGUUUGCAAAUCGCCGGUUCAGUCCAUGAGCUCAUCCAGAUCAAUCCCCCACCAACAUAUUGUAUCUCUACCUUUGCGCUAACCCGUCACUUAAUCCUCUCUACUGCGGGGGUGGCUUGGUCUAAUCUCGUGUGCCCCCGAUCCUUAUAAACUGUCCCGUCCGUCUCACUCCUUCUGCACACUCCAAAGCUCUCGUUGUACAGACUCCAGACAUUGUAAUAUCACAUCAAUUGCACAAGCUUCAUCACCGUCUCACCAAAUCCAAACCAUCAAAAUGCAGUUCUCCCACGCCCUCAUCCUGGCCUUCGUCGCCUCCGUCGCUGCCCAGACCGGCACCAUCGAAGGCGACGUCGCUGCCCUCCCCGACUGCGCGAAGAAGUGCAUCGACAAGGCCACGCUCGAUGCGGGCUGCAAGUCCAUCACCGACUACACCUGCCAGUGCGGUAGCGCCCACAACACGAUCAACAACGCGGCCGCGCCCUGUGUUGCCUCGACCUGUGCGGCCACUGAUCUUACCAAGGUCCUGAGCCUCACCGCUGAGAUCUGCAAGCUCGUCAACGCCGGCGGCGCCAGCAGCGGCAGCGGCUCCUCCGCCGCUGAGCCCUCCUCUGCCGCGCCUACCUCCGCUGCAGCCUCGACUGAGAUGUCCUCCGACACCGCCAAGCCGACUGGUACCUAUGUGCCCUCCUCCACCGGCGGCGCCGUGGCCCCGAGCAGCACUGGUGCUGCUGCGCCUACCUCGAGCAAGGGAGCUGCGGCCACUGGGUCGUGGAACUUCGCGGCUGUGGCUGCUGGUGCCGGUGCUGUGGCUGCCGGCCUCAUGUAGAUUGAGGUUGUGUGAUAAUGUGGGGGAUGGGGAAAAGUUGGGGGGGGUAAUUUGGGGUGCGAGGAUGUAAUGGACUGAGUGUUCACU